AUGUUGUUGUUGAGACUAUUUUGGAUGGCCUCUCAGUGCGAUUCGAGCAAGUGUCUAGAAGACCCUAGCUUCUUCUUUUUCCUCCUCGAGAAGAACAAGUGUGAACAGCAUGUCCCCACUGCCCUCGUCGGAGCAGCGGAGCAGCGGUUCCAGUGUCCUGCAUCCACCUCGUCUGCACUCAUGCACCCCCAGUCGAGAGCAACAGCCCUCGCCUGCCUCUCGCUCCUCGCUCGCUCGCUCGCUCACGCAAACGCCUUGCGUGAACUUUAUCCGCAACAAACUCUGCCGGGUUGCAACCGGUUUGACGAGGGCUGA